AUGGCGCCAUCAACAGCACUCCUCGGCACAGUCCUCAGUACCCUCCCCCUCGCAGCCAGCACGCCCCUCACCAAGCGCAAAAACGACGACGAAUACGUCAUCCCCAAGGAAGGCAUCAUUCUCCUGGUCAUCCUAGGCGCCGGCCUCGCCGUGUGCAUGGGAUUAGCCAUCCACGCGACAUUUGGGUUCCGGAAGACGGCAAAUGGGUUGCAGGCAGCUGGGGCGGAGCAAAUGGAGUAUAUGGCGGAGGUGCGGAUUGGUAGUAUCGUAAAGCUGAGCCUGUGA